CCUCCUCCUCCUCUUCCUCCUCCUCAUCUUCUUCUCCUGCAGCCACAAUAUCCACAUCCAGAGGAGCAGAAUAAAAAUAAGACCCGGCCGUGACCGGACACCGGAGGAUGCGUGCGUGUGAGCCGAACCUCCGCGGGAUACAGAGGGAUGGAGGUGCACGUUGAGUCCCGGAGGAGAGAUGAAGCCGAGCUCCAGAUCUAGUGUCGCGUAGAGCGUCGUCCUCCUCGUCCUGCGGUUUUUCCUUCGCUGUGAAGAUGCUGCUGCUCCUGCUGAUGUGUUCAGCCGCGCUCAGCCCCGGAUCUGCCCUCAGCUCCCACUUCAGCUCAGAUGGCGCUCCGCUGAGUGAGCUGUCCUGGUCCUCGUCCCUGGCUGUGGUGUCCGUCUCCUUCUUGGGCCUCUUCACCUUCGUCUUCCUCAUGCUGGCCUGCCUCUGCUGCAAGAAGGGCAAGACUGGCUUCAAGGAAUUCAAGAAUGUGGACGGGGAGGAGUACCAGGCCGACAUGUCCACCUUGGCCUCGCAGGCCUCCCUGGGCAGCCCCGACGUCUACAUCCUGCCCCUCAGCGAGGUGUCGCUGCCUCUCGCCAAGCAGCCGGCUCGAUCAGUCCAUCUCCUGAAGUCCACAGACCUGAGCCGCCACAGUCUCCUCUACCUGAACGAGAUCGGGGAUGGCUGGUUUGGGAAGGUUCUGCUGGGGGAGGUGAACUCCGGCCGGAGCACCACUGAGGUGGUUGUGAAGGAGCUCAAGUCCAGUGCCAGUGUCCAGGACCAGAUGCUCUUCCUGGAGGAGGCGCAGCCUUUUCGCGUCCUGCAGCAUCCUGCUCUGCUGCAGUGUCUGGCCCAGUGCACAGAGGUCACGCCCUACCUGCUGGUGAUGGAGUUCUGUCCACUGGGGGAUGUGAAGAGUUACCUCCGCAGCUGCAGGGCUGGAGAGACCAUGACCCCGGAGCCCUUGAUUCUCCAGCGGAUGGCCUGUGACAUCGCCUCAGGACUCCUGCAUCUGCACAAACACAACUUUGCUCACAGUGACCUGGCGCUGAGGAACUGCUUGUUAACUGCUGAUGUCUCAGUGAAGAUCGGAGACUACGGCCUGUCCCACAACAAGUACAAGGAUGAUUACUACCUGACCUCAGAUCAGAUGUUCGUGCCGCUGCGCUGGAUCGCUCCAGAGCUCGUGGACGAGGUGCAUGGAAACCUGCUGGUGGCAGACAACACCCAUCAGAGCAACAUCUGGUCUCUGGGUGUGACCAUCUGGGAGCUGCUGGAGCUCGGGAACCAGCCGUACAGACACUACUCCGACCGACAGGUGCUCACCUACACUGUGAGGGAGCAGCAGCUGCGACUUCCCAAACCACUGCUCCAAGUGCCGCUGGCUGAGCGCUGGUUUGAAGUGAUGCAGUUCUGCUGGCUCCAGCCGGAUCAGAGACCCAAUGCAGAGGAAGUCCACUUGCUGCUCAGCUACCUGUGUGCCAAGGGGGCCAGCGAGGCAGAGGAGGACUUUGACAGGCGCUGGAACUCGCUGUGUCCCAACAUUGGAUUCAACAGCCACCAUGGUGCCUCUGCUAUGUCACAAGACCACCACUCGUCCACCUCCUCCUCCUUCCCUCUCCUCGAGCAGUUUUCGGCAGGCGACGGCUACCACUCGGAGUCUGGGGACGACAUUCUAACAGUCACAGAAACCAGCCAUGGCCUGAACUUUGAGUACAAGUGGGAGCAGGCCAGGGCCGACCAGUCCUAUAGAGCCCAGGACUCCUCCAGUGCCCUGAGUCAGGUCAACCAUCAUUGCCAGGAAGCAUUUUAUCCACCAGGGGGCAUUGUUGGAGGCUGCCCUAUGGAGAGCCUCAGCCAUGCAGUUUCUCCUUACUACCAAUCCAAACAUCUCCAUGCUCCGGGUGUUCUCCCCGUCCUCAGUGCCCACAGCCCCUCAGUAAGCAAUGAAUACUACAUCCGCAUUGAAGAGCCAGUGGAUUGUAACAUCGAUCUGGACUAUACCAUGUGCUCCUACAGCCCAGAGUAUCAGGGCAGCAGUGGGAGCUUCCUUACUGGGAGCGCAGACUCAGGCGAGUGCAUGGCCUUUCCAUCACAAGGUAAGAACAUGGGCAUGGCUCCCUAUUGGGCAGCAGACAUCGAUAAGUCAGAUGUGUUUGACUCCAAUGACUCGAGUCCGGCCAUCUCUCUGACGAUGGAGCCUCUCUUAGGACAAGUGUCGCACGACAGCCCCCUACGACCCUGGGAGUCCAGUCACUAUGUGUCCUAUAAAGACAGAGAUGGAGGUUACUACUAUGAGCACUCGCCACCUUUAGGAAUCGACCACUAUCUGAUUGGAAGUGACCACUCCAGUGAGCACCAUCAGGAAAGCUGGGGGUCGAGGAGCUUGCGUCAGGCCCUGGGUGAGUUGGAGAACCCGCUGGGGGCCACCCGCCCUGUGACCAGUCCACCUCAACAGGCCUACAGAGAUCCAUACCUGGACACAAGUCAGACCUCCAUCAUCGGAAAGAACGUGACCGGGGGUUACUACGACAUGAUGGGCUCACUCAGGAAGACUAUGCCCAGCCACACAAGGCACAGCAGCCACUCGGUCAGUAUCGACAUGGAGUCAGAAGGGGCGCUCUUCAUCGGGCACAGAGACAGUGAUUCAGAAGAAGAAGAUGAGGAGGAUAUAUUUGUUGAGAGACACAACUGCAACACGUGGCCUUCAAAGCACCGCCACAGCAGCGUGGGUCACCACAGACGGGCGAGCUGUAGACAGGACGCCUACGUAGAUUUCCACUACACCAUGCCAAGUACAGACAUUGAGGACUCCUGGCCAGAGGAGAGCAGCCUGGCCUUCCACUCUCUACCCAAACCUAUCGACUACCUUGAGACGCAACAGGCCAAAGACAACAGUGCCUGCCUCAGUCUGAGCAAACACCACGCGAUGGUGCCUUCAGACAACUGCAACACCUACAUCUACCUGUGCCACGAGGGCGACACCCAGGCACCAGCGGCUGGAGAGUGCUGCCACUCACACUUUGUUGACCCACUCACCGGCUUGCUCGUCAGAAACAACAGCUACAGUCACAGCAACUACGUCCGAGAUAAGAUCGUUGACCCCCCAUGCAACGAGGAGAUGAUCAAUCUCUCCCCGGCUCCAGGGGGUCCCAUCGUGGCCAAACCCACCAUGAUAAAGACUGAGGAGCGUGGAGAGCAGUACAUUGACCUGACAGCUUAUGGCUCCCCACUCAAAGAGAAGAGGGAAGAUGUAAUCAAGGAAAACCUAAUCAUGCAAAAACCCAUAGAGCCUAAAGUAGAAGAGGUGAAGCUGACAAUGACGAUGACGAUCCCUCCGCCUCCUGCCGACAACAUGCACGUGAUGGUGGCCCUCACAGAUCCGGAGUCAGACUCGAGUCCCACUGGAGACAGUGGUGUUGACCGAGGCAGCUCCAGUGCUUGUCUCGUUGACAUCCUCGACUGCAGCGAUGAUGACGAGGAGGAGGAUGACAUCACAGAAGAUAUCACCGACGUCACCUCAGGCAUCUUCGCUGACGAGUCCAGUGAGCUAAACGCUUCUCCUGCUUUCAAGUCUCUGCAGAAGCAGGUAGGAACUCCAGAUUCCAUGGAUUCCAUGGAUCUACCAUCUGCAGCGGGGUCCUGUGAAGGCUUCAGCCCCGCCUCCUCCCACCCGUCCAGCUCCCCUAAAGCUAUGGACAGUGGCUACGACACAGAAAACAACGAGAGCCCAGAGUUUGUCCCCAAAGAGCCUCAUGAACCCCGAGAACAACCUCUGGCCAAGCCUACCCUAGAUACAAGCCUGGAGGAGGACGAGGAGCUGGAGGAGGCCAAGGAGGGGGAACCAUCACUGGGUGAAGAUGUGGCCUCAGGAGCCUCUCAGACGGGUGACCACAUCUUUUCACCACUAAGCGAUGAAACCCCGUACAGAGACUCAGCGUACUUCUCAGACUAUGAGAGUGAGAGGCAGUCCAGGGAUGAAGGAGAAGACUCAUCAUCAGAAAAGAAGGGAGAGAAACGGAAGAGUGAGGAUGAGGAACUUGAAGACGCUGCAGCCAACAAAGACAUUAAAGUUGAAGAGAAGCUCUUAUCAACAGAAGGAACAGAAUGCUCUUGUUCAACAGAGAUGGAGGAAUUCUUGACAGAGGAUUGUCGAGAUGAGGAGUUUGGACUUCCUCUGGAGCCAUGUGUGUCCAUAGAGGGAGGACUGGAUGAAUGGCCGUCCCAGGAGAACUCGUCUCUCGGGGACUGGGCAGCGGAGGUGGUGGGGGCCAUGGAAGAGGCCCUUGGGGCCCUGAAUGGAGAUAGUUCACUCAACGUUAAGCUAGAAAGUGACGAAGCAGAAGUCGUGGAAGACUCAGAACCAAGAGAAGAGCCAGUGAUCAAGACCAUUGAGACCAGGGUAUCCGGUGAAACCCUGCACUCUUUACCCAAAGACGAGGUGGCCCUGCAGCACACGGCAAACAGCCGACGAUUCUCCACUUCCUCUCCUCCACCUCCGUCAACCCCCCCAUCUCCGCUCCCUGCAGCAGACGGCCGGGGGUCUCCAGCCGAUGGAGAAGAGGCAGAUGAGGAGGGCGGCGACACAGACGACAGCGAUGAGUCCGAUGAGGAGCUGCGAUCCUACAGCAUGCAGGAGCAGAGCGGCGGGGAGGAGAGCGAGGAGGAGAUCCACCCGGUGCCCAUCGUGGUGAGCGACGACAGCCAAGCUCACAAACUGCGCAGCCUCCUCAAGAUGCCAACGCUGCUCCCAGAGGAGAACCUGCAGGGGGAGCUGGAGCGCACCAAGAAGACGGUCUCCUUCUUCGACGAUGUCACCGUCUACCUGUUCGAUCAAGAAAGUCCGACUAAAGAGCUGAGUGAGCAGAGCUUCCCUGUGGGAGCCGAGGGUCAAAGGUCACCCAGCAAAUCCAAAGAGAGAGUCCCCGCCUCUGACGACUCCUCUGACGGGAACGUCUCAGAAGAGAGUGCAGGGUACGAGUGGGAGGACGACUUCCCCCUCCUGCCUCUCCCUACGUCCUCGGGGGCCUCCGACUCUCCUCCCCCCCGCUCCGUCUCAACAGCCCCGGACGCCAAGCCGGCCGUUCAGUUCUCCCGCUUCACCGUGUCCCCCUCCAGCGUGUCCCGCUUCUCCAUCACUCACAUCACUGACUCGGACAUGGACUCAGCAGGAGGAAGCAGCGAGGACGGAGACAAAGAGUAACGAGCUGUGAGGACGGAGACAAAGAGUGACGAGCUGUGAGGACGGAGACAAAGAGUGACGAGCUGUGAGGACGGAGACAAAGAGUGACGAGCUGUGGAUCUUCACCGCCUCUCGUUGACCACAGUUUGGUUCUAGCAUGACGAGACAGUGCCUCUCAGCCUGUGGACACUUUGGAAAAGUCUUACCACAGUGUAGGACUGACCUACACUUAAAGAUUAUCGUUAAUAUAUAAAACUUUUACAAAAUAUUAAUAUAUACUGGAUGUAAAGAAUCUUUGAAAGCAGGGGACUUUUCUUUGUUGAAUUUUUUCAGAUUAAAAGACAAAUGGAAGACGUUUGGAAAUAAAUCACGUUCACCACCUGGUUCACUUCUUAAUUUGUAAUACGGAGUAACGCUGAGAGCGCGGCGCCCCCUGGAGGAGACGUGUUCACCUGUCCCAGAGUUUGGGGCUUUUUGACGAAGGAUCAGCAUUUUGAAGAAGACUGUACAGCUCCACUGACUUUUAUCAGAAACUGCUUCACUGGUCUUAAUGAACAUGAACGAGAAUCUCUGAGGUAUCACAAGUAAUAUAAUGUUAAUAUUUGGAUUCAUGCAGAGUGGGGGGGCACUCGCAGGAAUCUGAACGGCUCCUGUUCCAAUGGGAUUUUGUGGAAACAGACGAACGUGGACGACCUGAUAUCUUCUCUUCUUAAUUUUUAUAAUAGAAAUCACUGCAGUGCUGUUUUACAUGAUCAUGUGACUCAGUCUCUCUCGGCAGCAGCUUCACCACCAAACUGUUAAAAGGGAAUAUUUCAAAUAUAGAAAUGCAUGGUUUCAAGCAGCUAGGAAACAUUACAAGUAUUAUUGCAUUAGGAAUGAAGACAAAGUCACAUGGUGAGAAAUCUCAUGUCGCAGCUCCAAAGAAAGAUCUCCAGUAUCCGGACUGCAGCUGAUAACGACCCAGGCCAAUAGUGUGAGGAGACAUAGGUGAUAUUAUUAAAUUAUUAAAUAUAUAAAUGUCUGUUUUUGUUAAUCCAGUUAAAUACCAGACGAAACAAAGAACUUCAUCACAUUGAUGCAAAAGUCCUGUAAAUCCAACCUGGUUAGAAAAGCAGCGAUUUGCAGCAAUAUCCACAAACACUGGAGCAACCAGAGGAAUUAAAGGGAUUGAUGACACGUGUAUGAUUCAUAAUCUCACUCAGCUCAAAAAGCCACGAUAUCGAAACUCAAACCUGCCCAACAGUAUUCAAACAAAGCUAAUUUUCUCUGUGUUAGUCUGAACAAACAGGAUCUUUAAAUUCUGAUAUUCAACAGCUUCAGCCCAUUUCUGCCUUUUUAUCUGUUCUGAAUUUAUAUAAUUUAAAAAAGGACAAGUGCGAGCUCUACUCUGAAACAAAGAGAGUCACAGGAUGAAAUAUUAACAAAGCUGUUUUCAUGUGACAGAUCAAUGUUCAAUGUGUCUGAUCAGCUGAUUGAAGGUCGGAGGUCACGGCCAUGCUUCCUGUGUGAACGUGAGGUCGUCAGAUUUCUCUCUGAGGCUCUGGAGCUCAAAACGUCCUGUGACCCACAGUGUUUGUUUGCCUCUUUAAUAUUCUGUACGUUAGCAGCAUAGAACCAUUUAGACUAUCUGUCAUAUUUUUGUAUUUUACGCAAAUACUUCGGAGAGUAUUGAUGUGCUGUACCUGUGAUGGAGGGAGAGUAUAAAAUAAUGUCUGUUUAUUUUUGCCAAAGAGAAGCUGUGCUGUGGUUCAGGGGCGAGACCAGUGUGUGAGGUGGUGACGGACGAGGAACAUCCAACUGGUCUUUCAAAAAUAAAGACCAGUUCUGGUUUGGUUGGAUCAUCGUCAGUAAUGUGUCCCCACACUGACCUGGACACACCAUGACCUUCUGUACCUUCUAUCAAAUAUGAAUAAAGUCUGUUUUACACAUCUUA